CAGAUGCAGUCAAACAUCCAGAACCACGGCAGAACCUGCAACCUGCUCCAACCUGCACCUGAGGACCGAACGCAAAGAAAGGCAGCAUGGACGUAAGUAGCACAUCAAAUUCUCAGAUCGCCACACUGCAUGCUGACGCUCUGUGUGGCAGCUGCCCGUCCUCUGGUUCUGCCCCACAGGCCAGCGGCCUUUGGCCCAACCUACCGCCUUCUGGAGCUGCAUUCCCCGCCUGGCCUGGGCAGCCAACCCAGCCAGUGCCAUGCUGGACCGGCCAACCAAACACGGCCUGCUGGCCUGCUUCACAACCAGCACCAGUUUCUGUUCCAGCUCCGAUUUCAGUUUCGGCACCGAAUCAAGUUAUAACACCACCAGCACCAACCGCAGUGCCUGUACAAGCUCCAUCAUUUCAGCAGCCCUGUCAGCCAUGCUGGCCAGCCCCUCAGUACCAGCCGAUCCAGCAACCAGCUCCCAUUCAAACUCAGGUUCCAGCCGUAGCUCCUGCUGUUGCCCCUGCGGCCACCAUCCAUCCGAGUGUACCAGGAUGGCCAGCUCACCCUGGUUGGCCUUAUAACCCGGGACAGUCAGGAUGGCCUGGACAGAACCCAUCUAUGAUGCCUCUACACUGGCUUCCCCCCACAUCCGGACCUAUGAGUGUGCCGUACAACUUAAACCUGGCUCGAGGAGUAUAUGACAAAAUGAUGAUGACGAUCCUAGGUCACAUCAAACCAAACGCUAAAAUGUUCACUGUGAACUUCCUGAGAGGCAAUGACAUCGCCUUGCACAUCAACCCACGCUUUGACGAGGGGGGCAAGCAGGUGGUGGUCCGGAACAGCAAAGUGGGUGAUCGCUGGGGCCCAGAAGAGAGGGACCUAAAGGGACCCUUCCCUUUCGCUGCUGGGAGCCCUUUUGAGAUGAAGAUCCUGUGCACUCCUGAGACCUUCAGGGUGGCGGUGAACAACAUCCCGCAGUUUGAGUUCCGUCACCGCGUCAGAGAGCUGAACCAGAUCGCCCGGAUCAACAUCCUGCAUGACGUCGUCCUCACUUAUGUCAAUGUGGAGACGCUUCCCUAAGGAAGGAACAAACUCCAACAGAUUUUCUAUUCAAUUCGAUUGACUGGAACAAAUAUAUGCUCAAUUAUAAUUUUCUUUCCUUUUGUUUUUUUUGCUUUGUUUUAUUUCACACUUGAGAAACAUUUUAUUUAAUCUAAGUUAAAAAUAUAUAUGAAUGACUAAACCAGUCUGUAUGAACUAAUAGAAUUAUUGCUUUUCCAAUUCAAAAAUGUAAGGAAUACCGUGAUGUUAUUCCACUUUUUUUUUCUUCUUUUUACAAAGUACUACAACAUUAGUAUUUAUUUAAAUGAAAACAAAUGUUUUACUUAAUAGGAUUAUCAGAUUUUGUUGCUUUAAGCUUGGAUAUAUUAAGCUAUAAUUUAAUAGCACCAGCAUAAUGACAAACAGCUAAAUAACUAAGCAUUUUAUCUUAUAUUUCUGAUUCCACUAGUGUUCUUUUAUGUAUGUAAUACAUUGAACAAAUAAAUCAGAAUGUGCACAUAUUCAAUAUUGUUAACUGUUUUUCCAUAAUGCAUUAACAAUGAAAUAUUACAUAUAUCUUCAAUAAAGCUACCAUAGACAGGAUCUCCAGUCUAUAUGAAAUGAAACAUUUAUGGCAUCUUUAGUUUUCUGUCUGAAGAGCUUAGUUGUCUACGUUAUUCUUUCAAUUAAAUAAAAAAUCAUAAAAAGCUUUAUUGAAGUAAACAU